GCCAUACAGUGAAUCAAGAAUUGUUCCUUCCCCCGCCUGAUGUGUAGUGUGACUAGUUGUAUAAAAGGGAAGAUCUCGUCCACUUCUUGAUCUUUCCAUCUUCGUACUCAUCAUCCUACAUAUCCAAAUCACAAAUUACAACCUUAAACUCCAAACUCAAACCAUCAUCAUGGAUUUCGUCAAGAACCUCGCUGGUGGCAACAACAACGCCAACAACAACACCGAAGGCCAGCAAGCUCCUCCCGAGGCCGGCGGUAGCUUCAUGGACAAGGUCAACGGAAUGGCUGGCGGUGGCGCGCAGGGCGAGAAGGACGAGGAUGGUCUUGACAAGGCCGUCGACUUUGUGCAGGAAAAGUUCCUCGGCGGAGGCGACCAGAGCAACGAGAGCGCCGCUGAACAGGCCAAGGACGAGGCUAUUUCCGAUGCCAUUCGCGACCAGUACAAGAGCGCCACAGGCAGCGAAUUCCCCAUCUCCGACAAGGACAAGAAAUAUGGAGCUUAAAAUGGUGUCGAGGACCACGCGAGCUCAGAGGCAUGGGCGAAAACAAACGAUGUAUGACUAGAUGAUGACAGCACCUAAAUGAUCACGAAACCUAUUAUGUUCUAAUGAGGCAAUCCCUUAC